AUGGGAGGCCUCCAAUUCCCACCCGGUAUCGACGCAGACGAUAUGAUCGGGGUCGGAAAAAGCGGAAUAGCAGCGCUAGACCCCAAAACAAAGCACGUCAUUAAAUUCCCAUACAACACAGACGAGGGAGGGGCUGAAUGCGCUCACGAGAAGGAAAUAUAUGAGCGCUUAGAGCGCUCACCACUCCCGAGACCAUCAUCCCUCCUAAAGUACUACGGCUCUACAGAGCACGGGAUCCUCCUGGAAUACGCAAAACACGGUACGUUGCGGAAAUAUUCAUACGGUUUCGAUUAUGGGAUCCCACCCCCUAUGAUUCUCCGCUUUGCGGAGCAAGCAGUGGAAGCUCUGCAGUUCAUUCACGACAACGGGAUAGCUCAUGGUGAUGUUGACUGUGUGAGCUUUUAUGUGGACGAGCUACUGGACGUGAAGGUCGGUGAUUUUACUCGUUCAACCGACGCUACGCCACAGGCUGUGAAGCGGGAUAUUUCGGAUUUCGGCUCAGCUAUUUAUUAUCUGGUAACCAGUCAGUAUCCUUAUCCAGGGAUGACAGACAAGCAAAUCGAGGAGCGAUUUCAGAGGAAGGAGUUUCCGGAUCUUACGGAUGUGCAGUUGAAGGGAAUUAUUCAUCCGUGCUGGGCGGGUCAUUAUACGAGCUUUGAGGAUGUUUUGGUGGAUAUCCAGGAGCAUAUCCGGCUUCUUUGA